AUGUCUUUCCCUUCUCCCAUUGUCCUCGAUGCAUCAACAUGGCUUGGAAACGACGGUAAUUGGUCCACUUUUAACAUCUCCGUCGGAAAUCCGGCGCAGUCGUUCUAUGUCUUGCCAUCGACUACUGCCAGUGUAAGCUGGUUUCCGACACCAGAAGGGUGUACGAACUUGUCUUUCACAGGCUUCAGUUGCGCACAAGCUCGUGGCGCAGGCAAUGCCAACGGAACGCAGUCUCCCGGGUUUACAACCGCUGACUCGACGACUUGGCGGUCAGUCGGGCUUUACAGUCUUCUGACAGGCCAGAACCUAUUCGGUUCAUAUACGAACCUGAUGUAUGGACAGGACUCAAUGCGUCUAGCCUCGCAGACACCAAUCGUCAUGCCGAGUCAACUGAUCGGCGGGAUUACUUCCUGGGACUUCUGGAUUGGCUCACUCGGCCUCGGUAACAAUCCGACACAUUUCGAUGUGUUGACAACGGACUCGCCGAGCAUGGUCCAAUAUCUCAAGCAGAACAACCUCAUUUCAAGCUUGUCGUACGGAAUUUUCGUCGGCGCUUGGUAUCGACAGGAAGCUGCAAACAUCAUCAUUGGGGGCUAUGAUGACUCGCGUUUGUCAGAAACUCGAAUCAUAGUGCCUACAGCUGCGGCCCAAAACCAGGGCACUGAGCUACGUGUGUACGUCCGAGGUUUGCAGGUGACGGGUACCAUUCAGGGAACGAUAGCCUUCCCGAACCAAACUCAAAAUCUAAGCAUGGCUAUCGACUCGACCGCAUCGCAGAUCUGGCUUCCUUCAGUAAUUUGCGACAAGCUUGCGACGGCGUUCAAUUUGACAUAUCUGAACGACACAUCCUUGUAUGCCAUCGAUGAUGCGACACACGCAAAAUUAAUGCAGUUAAAACCACAACUUACCUUCACAAUAUCCAAGGAUGGAACAUCAGCUUCAACCACCUCGAUCAACUUCCCCUACUCAGCAUUUGUUGCCCAGCUGGGGAUACCCUUCUAUAACAGCACUUCACCUAUUCGGUAUUUUCCUAUCCGUAAGGCGCCGAACGACAGCCAACUCACACUUGGAAGGGCAUUUCUCCAGGAGGCAUAUCUUGUGGUUGACUAUGAACGGGGCAACUUCACCAUCGGUCAGGUCAAUCAUGGGUCCGCACGAUCUAUAGUAUCUAUACUGCCACAGUUGGCUAGCAGCAGUAACAGCAGCAGCUUUACGACGGGCGGCAUUGUUGGUAUCGUUGUUGGAAUUCUUAGCUUACUGGCAACCACCGCAGCAGGCAUAUUCUUGGCCCGAAGGCGCAAGAGACGAAUCGAAUUGGCUCAUCGUGAGACCGACAUCAGCUUGGACGAAAAUGCAACUGAAUCGUUAGUUGACUCACAAUUUGAGCAAUCUUGCUUCAAACCAAUUCCGUCGGCAUUGAUUUCAGAGCUGCCAGAUGGCCAGGGCAACCCUCAAGAAUUGGAGACGGUGCGAACAUCCGAAUUGCCAGGAGGGCAGCUCGAGCUACGAGAGCUGGAAGCAAGUCAGGGGCAUCGGUCCGUUCCCAGGGCCGAGCUAGGUGUAGGAGACUUGCGCACGUCACCACAUAACCAAGACGAUACUGGCGGCCUGGCCAGAACGACCAUCAUACAUGAGCUGCCAGGAUGA